AUGCCUGCAACUUCCAAAGCAUGCGCACCGUGUAGACACCAAAAGAAGAGGUGCAACGGAAGCUGCGAAGUCGCCGACCUCUUCCCGGCGAGCCGGUACGACGAGUUCCAGAACGCACAGCGGCACUUCGGCGUGAGCAACAUGCAUGGCAUCAUACGCGCGGUCGACCCCGAGAUGAGAAAACAAGCUGCCAAGUCGAUACUCAUGGAGGGUAACAUCAGGAGACGCGAUCCCGUGCACGGAUGUCUCGGGGUCGCUCGGAGAUUGAGGUGGGAGAUACGCUCCUGCGAGAAGCAGCUCGAAGACGCGAAUCGUCGCCUGUCUUUGCUUCGGCAGAGAGACUGGGAACUGAAGAGGCUAUGA